CUCAAUGGAACGUGAGCUGAGCUUGAGCAAUGAGUCAAAAUCAAUAAUCAUUGAUUGGUCAUUGAUCACUGAUCAGUGGUGAAAUAUUGAUUUGUGUUGAGGAUUUGAUCUACAUACAGGAUGGCAACAAAAGAAGACCUUGAACAUGAAUUUGAACUCUUUUGGGCUAAUUCAGAUAGAAGGAGGAAACAUGCCCCCAACAACCAAAAAAUUAGUAAGAUGCACGAGUGGGGUAAAACCAAUAAGUUACCCGAGAAAUCGCCCACUCUUAACGCCCUUAUAAAUAGCAACGAUGUAAAACAUGAAAACAUUCUGCCUGAAGAAUGCAACAUAAACACAUUUGAGAAAAUAUUGGAUGAACUGAGUGUUGCAUACAAAACAGUAGAAGUACCUAUUGAUCCCAAGUUUAAAGGCCUGAAUACCAAUACUAACAACGUAAUGAUAGACAUUAGCACCAUACCGCCUUUCACAUUUGACGGAUCAGGAUCAAAUAAAGUCCAAGCCUUACACUUAGCUGCUAGGAAAGGUAUCAAAUUCUUGAUAGCCAUAAGCAGUGAUAUUGUGAUACUGUGAACCAUUCCUACAUAUUUGAACUUAACACUUGUUGGACAGAAUGUAUGAUCACACCAGGUUUCAUUGUGAAAUGUCAAUAUUGCCAAGUUUUACAACUGAGCUUUCCAAGUGCUGUAGGUUUUGAAUACUACCUUGAUCGUAGUGAAUUUUGAAAACAGUAUUGUUAGUUAAUGUGUUAUAUCCAAAUUUUUGUAUAGCUAUAUUUUCUAACUGCUGUUGGUAGUGAAUAAUACGUUGAAUAAUAAUUAAUUUUGAAAACAUUAUUGUAAGUAAAUUUUCCAAUAGUCACCUGACAGUGGCCUUCCUUGCUCUGAUUAUAACACAGAAAGUUGCUAUUUGCUGCAUUUAAUUACUUUUGCCGCACACUGUUUUUUGUUUUUUUUUUGCCGCACACCAGUAUUCCAACCAAACAACACAACACAGCGGACUUUUACUAGGUACGUAAUAUGUGUACGCUUGAAAAUAAGUUGGCAACAAUUUUUACGACUACGAUCAGCUGGUGCAGCGUUUCCCAUUUCGUUCAAUGUUUAGAUUUAACCUAACCUAAAAACGUGUUGUACAGUGUUUUAAAGA